CAGCCUCCGGUCGGAGGUCCCCCGCAGCUGGGAGCUGCGUUUCUCCGGGGCGACCUGCUCGCUCUCUGAACCGAAACCCUGUCGAGGUUUUUCGGCUAAAACAAAUAUAGUUUGGAAAACCAUGGGAGACAAGAAGAGCCCGACAAGGUUAAACACACAGUUUUUACUGUUUCUGAGGCCGAAGAGACAAGCGAAGCCCUCCGAAGACGGGUACUGGGACUGCAGCGUGUGCACGUUCAGGAACAGCGCCGAGGCGUUCAAGUGCAUGAUGUGUGACGUGAGGAAGGGGACGUCGACACGGAAGCCUCGUCCGGUGUCCCAGUUGGUCGCACAGCAAGUAACGCAGCAGUUCACCUCCCCCACACAACCAAAGAAAGAGAAGAAGGAGAAAACAGAUAAAGAAAAGAAUGAGAAGGAGCCUACGCUCAAGAAGAACAGCCACAAGAAGAUGAGGCCACGAUUGAAGAACGUGGACAGGAGCAGUGCGCAGCACCUGGAGGUCACAGUCGGGGACCUGACAGUCAUCAUCACGGACUUUAAGGAGAAAACUAAAGCUUCUCCUGCCUCCGGUGCAACAUGUGGCGACCAGCACAGUCAGAGCGGCUCCAGCUCAGACAACCCCGAAAGGGGGAUCUCCAGGUCAUCCUCGCCCCGAGGGGAGUGCUCGUCACUCAACGGGGAGUGUCACUAGCACUGCCCCCACCCCAUUGCUCCUUGACUUCAGCCAUCUCCCCACUAAUCCAUAAACUGCAAGGUCUUCAACAACAGAGAACCAUUGACGCUCAGUGGCAUUUUGGAAGUCUUCCAGAAUGUGAUUUGUUGAGGUCAGUUUGGUCUCAACCAUGAGAUUCGUUGUUCAUCAACAUCAUUUUUAGUAAAUGUUCUGUUUUUUUCCCCCCACUGACUGUUGCAUGGGGAGGGAAGAGUUUGGACUUUACUCCAUUACGGUACUUGAUGGUAAAUGAUAAAGGGCCAAGUUGGUUUGCUAGCAUUUUACACCAGUGUUACUACAUUGUCAGCCUUCACUUGGUCAUAUACAGUACUUGACAUUUUAGUAUGGACUGUCAGGUCAUAAAUUACAAGUAGAAUUUUAAAUAUGUGUUUCAGGUGGACGCAAGUGCAUUAUGGGAGACAUUGUCAAGUGUCUAUCUCUGAAGUGUCACUGAGGCUGAUGAGUCUGAGAGUGUUCUUGUCACCAGUCCCAUUGACUGUCAGUUUAUGCACCUGGUGGUACUUGGUGUGGUUUAGUGAGAAUGUUUUUAAAGAUUUUUUUUUUUUUUUUUUUCUUUAAAUUCAGUUUUGCCAACUUUUUUCACAUAGUGUCAGUAUAGAUUAUGUUGCUGUUAUAUUUCAAACCAUAUCAAGAUGUGCCGUUACGUGUGUGGACAGAUUAGUUAAAAGCAUUUGCGUCAAUGUCAGGAAUAUGUUUAUAAGUUAAAGAAAUUAAUUUGUUCUUAAAAGGUUGUUCUGAUUAUUUUAUAGGUGCUAGCUUGUUUUCCUUAACAGUGGUUUAUAUUAUAGAGUUCUCACAAAAUAAAAUGAAAACGAUA